GGGCGAAGCGCUGCGGGCAGCGGCGCGCCCGGAGCGGCGGCACCGGCCACCGGCAUCGGGCAGCGGCACCGGCAACGGGCAGGGCUGGUGGGGAAGGAUGUUUUCCUCGGUGAAGCCAUACGAGAACCAGCGCUACGCCUCCCUGAAGAAGGAGUGUCAGAGGCGGAAGCAGCUCUUUGAGGACCCGCUUUUCCCUGCAAACGAUGACUCGCUCUUCUACAAGUCAAGGAUCCAGGGCAUCCAGUGGAAGCGGCCAAAAGAAAUCUGCGAUGAUCCACAUCUCUUUGUGGAUGGGAUCAGCUCCCAUGACUUACAUCAGGGCCAGGUUGGAAACUGCUGGUUCGUGGCUGCCUGCUCCUCCCUGGCAUCCCGGGAGUCUUUGUGGCAGAAGGUCAUCCCAGACUGGAAGGAGCAGGAGUGGAACCCUGAGAAACCUGAGAGCUAUGUGGGGAUCUUCCACUUCCAGUUCUGGCGUUUUGGUCAGUGGCUAGACGUGGUGAUAGAUGACCGCCUGCCCACACUCCACAACCAGCUCAUCUACUGCCACUCCAACUCCAGGAACGAGUUCUGGUGCGCCUUGGUGGAGAAAGCUUAUGCCAAGUUGUCAGGCUGUUAUGAGGCCCUGGAUGGAGGCAACACAGCUGAUGCCCUGGUAGACUUUACUGGUGGGGUCUCUGAACCUAUCGACCUGACUGAAGGGGACUACAACACUGAUGAAGCCAAGCGAAACCUCCUCUUCGAGCGUGUGUUGAAGGUGCACAACCGAGGAGGCCUCAUCAGCUGCUCCAUCAAAGCCACGUCGGCAGCUGACAUGGAGGCCCGCCUGGCCUGCGGACUGGUGAAGGGCCAUGCAUACGCGGUGACAGAUGUGCGGAAGGUCCGCCUGGGCCAUGGCCUGCUGUCCUUCUUCAAGUCGGAGAAGCUGGACAUGAUCCGCAUGCGCAACCCCUGGGGCGAGCGGGAGUGGAAUGGCCCUUGGAGUGACACCUCUGAGGAGUGGCAGAAAGUAAGUAAAAGUGAGAGAGAGAAGAUGGGGAUGACAGUGGAAGAUGAUGGAGAGUUCUGGAUGACCUUCGAAGAUUUCUGUAAAUACUUCACAGACAUCAUCAAGUGCCGUCUCAUCAACACGUCCUACCUGAGCAUCCACAAGACCUGGGAGGAGACAGUGCUACAUGGGGCAUGGACGAGAAACAAUGACCCCUUGAAGAACCGCUGCGGAGGGUGUAUCAACCACAAGGACACCUUUUUGCAGAACCCCCAAUACGUGUUUGAUGUGAAGAAGGCAGAAGAUGAAGUGCUGAUCUCCAUCCAGCAGAAGCCAAAAAGGACCAGUCGCAAAGAGGGCAAAGGAGAGAACUUGGCCAUAGGCUUUGAUAUCCAUAAGGUGGAGCUGAACAGGAACUACCGGAUGCACACCCUGCAGCAGAAGGUGGCCAGCUCCAUUUACAUUAACUCCCGCAGCGUCUUCCUGAGGACAGACCUGAAAGAAGGCCGCUACGUCAUCAUCCCCACCACUUUUGACCCUGGUCAUGAAGGCGAGUUUCUUCUCAGGAUUUUCACGGAUGUGCCUUCAGAUUGCCGAGAGCUGACACUGGAUGAGCCACCACACACCUGCUGGAGUGGGAUGUGUGGUUACCCGCAAGUGGUGUCUCAGAUCCAUGUCCUCGCCGCAGCUGGGCUCAAGAAUCAGGACUCCCAAGGAGGAGCUGACCCUUAUGUGAUCAUAAAGUGUGAAGGGGAAAAGGUUCGCUCUCCAGUGAAGAAGAACACAGUGUCUCCUGAAUUUGAUGUGAAAGGUCUCUUCUACCGCAAGAAGCCAGGACAACCCAUCAUUGUUCAGAUCUGGAACCACAACUUAAUAAGCGACGAGUUCUUGGGCCAGGUGGCGCUCACGGGGGAUCCCAGCGACCGGCAGUCAGUACACACGCUGCACCUUCAGGACAAAGGGAACAGGAGAUCAAACGAUCUCUCUGGAACCAUCGCUGUGAGGCUGCUCAGCAGUAACAUCCUCACCAACGUCUAAGUACUCAAGGACUCUUCUUCUGGUGCCACAUAUGUGUAUAUAUACAUGCACACAUACCUACAUAUAUAUAUAUAUACACACACACAUACGGAGCCUACCUGCCAUCUGCAAAGUGUAUAUGAACUAUGCAUGCGUUCCACUCAAAGGAGCCAAUCUUGUGUUUUCGAUGUUAAAAAAUGGUGCCUUUUUGGGGAACCGCAACGAUCCUUCUGCUGGCAUCCUCUGCAGCCCCCAUCGCUGCCGUGUGCCCUGUGGGAUUGCCGCAGGCACGCUGUGUGUCCUGACAGCCAGAGCACGAUGCCCUGAUGCUGUUUGUUUACACGGGCUGGCACACAUGUGCCACCAUGCACACGUGUGGCCACCGCGGUCCCACCAGCUGCUUCAAUGCAUCUUCAGUGUGUCUGCUUGGUUUAAGAGUAGCAUGCGUGGAGUCGUCUCCCGUGAAACUGCCAUUUAAUCGCUUCUCUGCAGAGGCACCUCAGCAAAGGAGAAGUGGAAAAAUCGAUUGGGACCUUUUGGAUGUUUUCUGGCUAUGGGUUUGGAUACUGCAACUGGAAGGAAAAUGCACCAAGGCAGUCCCAAAUCCACAGGGGCAACAAGACUAAAGGCUCCAUCAUUUUAGGGACAAGGUGUGCCCUCCUGAGUCUUGUUCAACCCCAUGCAACUCUGGAGGAUACAAAGAUGCCAACAACCAUGGUGGGACAACUGUUCUCUGGGGUCAAGUUUUUGAAUCAGUCUGGACUCAGCUCCUGUGCGUGCCUCUCGAACUGCCGUGGUGCCUGCUGUCUCCAUGUCUUCACGCAGUCCUCAUCCCAAGACCUCACCCCAGUAGCUGGGGUGGGUUGUCUGCUGGGGUUGAUCAGUGUUAAGAGGAAAUCAGUUCCUCUGAAGGCCAAAGCGUCAGGUCCUAGGGAUGGGGAGCUUUGCUCAAUGGGCUCCAUCUUUACUGCUGCAUCAUUUUGCAGCGCCUCGCUUUCCCAAAUUAUUUUUAAAAAUAAUGGGAUUUUAGCUUGUGCUAGAGGAGAGGAGAACAGCUCCCAGUGCAGCCUGAAAACGCUGGGAAUAUUUAAUUCAUACCAGUGUCCAUCUCUCACCUUUAAUUUCCAGUCUACUGGCCUGCAGAAUGAGUUGCUCAGUGCUAGAGCCAGUCUCACAAGCACAACCCAAACGCGUCAUUAGGGCCAAGUCUAGGGCCGUGCUCUGCUCCUGUUUGCCAGGAAGACUGAGUUUAUCUCCCUCAUUCCACUGGGUGGCAGAAUCCAGCUUCUAAUAAACCAUCCCAGAUAAGCCAAACAACAAACCCUUGUCUGGCCUUUCAGCAGCUGAUCAGGGCAGGUUUCAAAACAUUAUUUUUUUUUUUUCCUCCUGUUGUAAGGUUGGGUAUUUUUAUUCAUGUGCCUUUUAAAAUAUUGCAAGUUAAGGGAAUUUUCUGUCAGAUUUUCUAACAAGCAUAUAUUUUGCAGUCACCUACAUGCAAGUGGAAAUUAAUAUAUAUGAUGUAAUCUUGCAAUCUUGUAAAUUUUGGCCUGAGCAGAGUCUUCUGCCUGCAAGGACAAGCGAACAGGAAAGCCUUCUUUUGCCAUAGCAAGUAGGGUUUCUGUUUGUCCUACUAAAUGCCCAUGUUUGUGCAAGUCUGUAAUUUUUUUUUAAAGCCCCUAAAGAUUUUCUAAGUCUGUAACAUGAUAAAAUGUUCCCCAAAGUCACAUUAGCUGCCAGGUCAAUUCUUGGCCCAGAAGCAUAAAGUACAACUUCAUCGAUUUGUGCAGGCUGUUGUCCCCCUUUCCUCAUUUUCAAAGUUUACCUCCUGUGGUUAUGAAUUUGGUUCUUGACCAAACUGCUUAUUUUCCUAGGUCUUGUUUUCCAGGCCUUAGAGGCAAGCAGUGGCCUGCAGGAUGCUCUUUCCAGGUCCCAAUCAUUCCUGGCUUGCACUGAGCACCCUCCAACUCCUGGUGCCAUCACUGGGACCUAGCUUAGUUAGCAGAAUUGGCUCAAAUGCUCCUAGUUUGUUAAAGUGAUAUUUUAACCCCAAGGUCAAAGUAAAUCCUUGAAUUUGGGAAGACCGAUUCAGAGAUAUUUUGAUUUUAUUCUGGUUUUGUUCAUGGGACUCAUCACUGAAAAUAAAUGGAAGCAGCAUCAUGGGGCCAGAAUAGAUGAUUUAGGACUUAGGAGAAGAUCUCACAGUUCAGAGCGGUAUGUGAGAGGGACUGUGAUGCCUAAAGAUACCUCACCUGGCAGGAAGAAGCUGUUUAGUUAAGGGAGAACAUCGCAGGAACAUCACAGGAGCUUUGCAUCAUCACUGGCAGAUGGGCUUAGCCAGCCUGCCUGCAUUAGCCUUGUUUUCUCAGGAAAUCGGGCUACCGAUAGCUUCAGGAAACGAGAGCCACUUGGCCAGGAGUGCCCUGACACGUGCCAAACUGCACCGUGAUCCCUAAGGAAUGACGCUGAAGCUUGCCGAGGAAUAGCAAUGCCCUGGUACCCAUGGGCAGCCUCCUUCCUGCAGAGAAUCAAGCCAUAAAGAGAGGAAAGGCAGCUUUUUAACAACUUCCUCAAAAAAAUUAAAUAAUCAUAAUAUAUCAGGACCAAAAUGUCUUAAUAUUAGUAAUAUUUGUCCUUUAAAAAAAAAAAAACCCUUUUCAAAAGUUAAAGCAGAAGCCUUCUUCCCCCUACAUUUCUAAUGUAAUGACAAAAAUUAUCUUCUUUGCUUUUUUUUUGGUCUUUUUUAUAGAGAUGGGGAGGGCAGUUAUUGAAUGCCAUUCCUAAUGUCGAUGCCUUUUCUCUUUGAAUGAAGUAAACAGAAAUAUUCAGGGUUUUUGAGGGGAGAGCAAGUCUGAUAUGCACUUUCCAGUCCCUCCCAGGUGGUGUAGGACAUGUCUUUGAUUUAUUUUCCAUUUCUUUUGUUAAUCAUUUCAACAGUUGCAGCUAGCCUGCCAUUACACUCUGUGAAAUCCAUUUCUUUUUGACAUCUGCAUGUUAAAACAGGCUGUGACUUGUCUUCAUCUCCAAAGGCACUGCCAUGUCACGCUGCACAAGAUCAGAGAGUGGUCGAAACAGAAAGCCAACGUUGUACAGCUGUAAACCUCCUAUAAAUAAAUUGUGUAUAUUUUA